AUGAAAAGGAGAAGAAAGAAGAUACACAGGACAGGCCACUGCAAGAACAAGAGGGCAGUGGACAAGAAAUCAGUGGCUGCCCUUUUAUAUCUUGAUGUUAGAUCUGGGCAGUCCCAUUCAGAGCUCCUAAGCUGUUCUGUGCAGUGGUUUGACAGCUGUUCGUGAUGGACAGGUCACUUCCGGAUGUCCAGCCAUGAUUAGCUGUGCUUUGACAGCUCUCUAUUGUUGACAGAUCACACCUGGUUGCACUUCGGUUUGCUAUGCCCUAAUCUCUUGCCUCACUCGUACUUCAGCCUGGCAAGAUAAUAUGUAUUUCUCAGGCUUUGGACUAUGUUUAGGUCUUCUAUUCAUCUCAGUCAAUGCAAAAUUUAUGAAUGAUGGCGUUGAGAUGGAAGACUUUGAUGAAAAUUCAGAUGAGAUCGAUGUUGUUGAAGCUGAAAGUUCUUCAGAGAUUAACUAUAAGACACCUAAACCCGUAGGAGAAGUAUAUUUUACAGAAACUUUUGAUAGUGGGAAUUUGGCUGGGUGGGUCUUAUCAAAAGCAAAGAAAGAUGAUAUGGAUGCUGUGAUGUCUCUAUAUGAUGGAAGAUGGGAAAUAGAAGAGUUGAAAGAAAACCAGGUACCUGGUGACAGAGGACUGGUAUUGAAAUCUAGAGCACAGCAUCAUGCAAUAUCGACUGUAUUAGCAAAACCCUUUAUUUUUACUGAUAAACCUUUGGUAGUUCAAUAUGAAGUAAAUUUUCAAGAUGGUAUUGAUUGUGGAGGUGCAUACAUUAAACUCCUAACAGACACUGAUGAUUUGAUUCUGGAAAACUUUUAUGAUAAAACACCUUAUACCAUUAUGUUUGGACCAGAUAAAUGCGGAGAAGAUUAUAAACUUCAUUUUAUCUUCAGACAUAAACAUCCCAAAACUGGAGUUUUUGAAGAGAAACAUGCCAAACCUCCAAAUGUAGACCUUAAAAACUUCUUUACAGACAGGAAGACUCAUCUUUAUACCCUUGUAAUGAAUCCAGAUGACACAUUUGAAGUAUUAAUUGAUCAAAUAGUUGUAAACAAAGGAAAUCUCUUAGAAGAUGUGGUUCCUCCUGUCAAUCCUCCCAGAGAAAUUGAUGAUCCUAAUGAUAAAAAACCUGAUGAAUGGGAUGAAAGACUAAAAAUCCCUGAUCCUGCUGCUGUCAAACCAGAAGAUUGGGAUGAAGAUGAACCUGCCCAAAUAGAAGACUCAAGUGUUGUUAAACCCGAUGGUUGGCUUGAUAAUGAACCAAAAUUUAUCCCUAAUCCUAAUGCUGAAAAAUCUGAUGACUGGAAUGAAGAUAUGGAUGGAGAAUGGGAGGCACUUCAUGUCCCUAAUCCAGCAUGUCAGGUUGGAUGUGGUGAGUGGAAACCUCCUCUGAUAGAUAACCCAAAAUACAAAGGAGUAUGGAAACCACCAAUGAUCAGUAAUCCUAACUACCAGGGAAUCUGGAGUCCUCAAAAAAUUCCUAAUCCAGAUUAUUUUGAAGAUGACCAUCCAUUUCUUCUGACUUCUUUCAGUGCUCUUGGUUUAGAGCUUUGGUCUAUGUCCUCUGAGAUCUACUUUGAUAAUUUUAUUAUCUGUUCAGAAAAAGAAGUAGCAGAUCACUGGGCUGAAGAUAGCUGGAAAUUAAAAGUACUGGUUGCAAAUGCUAAUGAGCCUGGUGUAGUUAAGCAGUUAAUGGCAGCUGCUGAAGAGCACUUGUGGCUUUGGGUCAUUUUCCUGGUAAUAGCAAUAAUUCCAGUAAUAUUACUUACUUCAUUUUGUUGGCCAAGAAAAGCAAAGAAAAAAUAUGAAGAUACAGAGUAUAAAAAAGAGGCCAUAUAUAAACCACAAACUAAGGGAGCACUAGAGCAAGAAGUGAAGGAAGAAAAAGCAGCCCUGGAGAAGCCAGUGGACUUGCAGGAGGAAAACAAACAAAGUGAUGGUGAAAUUCUUGAAAAAGAAGAGGAAUGUGAACCUGACCAAAAGAGUGAAGAAGUUGAAGUCAUAGAAGGACACGAUGAGGGGAAUAAAUCAAAUAAGUCUGGAUCAGAGGAUGAGAUGAAAGAUGCAGAUGAAAGCACAGUAUCUAGAGAUGGACCAAUAAAGUCACUACGCAAAAGGAGAAUACGAAAGGAAUAAACUCUAUUCAAGUAUUUCAUUUCCUGGGAGAGAAUUCUAAAGUCCCUGUGCCAGAACUGACCCGGAAUCAAUCUGCACAUUCUGUUUAUAAAUAUCUAGCAAUGUUAUUCUUUCAGAUAUUUAUUCUUUCUUUUCAGGGGAAAAAGAAAGUAACUUUGAAGCUACAUCUUCUUUGAAUUUGGAAUUUUUAAAAAAGUGGCAAGUUAUAUAUCAGAUUUAUGAGAUUGAUAUUAUUAGAUGUUACAAUUUUAAUAACUUGAAGACAUUUUAGGUUUGUACCAAGCAAGAUGGUAUGUAGCAACCUUACUGCUGUUGGAAAAGUCAGUUAUUGGAAUUUUCACUUAAAUGGCUAUAACAAGAUUAAGUGAUGGUUUUAUAAUAAAAAUGAGAGUGUGUUCUGUUGCACAGAGAUAAAUGCAAUAAACUUUCUUGUGGUUGUUUAAUUAUAUCAGCAGUUGAAAGUGUUGUAUGUGACCCAGUUUGUGUUGAAUUAUAGUUACAGUCAGUUGUUUGUGUAAAUCAUAGAUUCUUUUAAAGAGGCGAUUUGGUGACAAAACACUAGUAAAAUGUCUGUCACAGAACUUACACAGUAUUUUACAUUGGAAUACAACAAUAAUAGGUUUAUGGUAUACAGAUUUUCUCUGAGCUUUUUUAAUUGUUUCAUGCCAGAGGAAUUUACCCCAUUCACAAAAUUGCUUGUGCAUUCAUGGCUCUUGAAAAUAAAAAUUACCUAUUUUUACACUUUAUACCCUAUUUAACAUGUAGAUUAUUAUUGGAGAGUCUUUAUUUUCCUUUAUUUAUUACCAUGAGAUUCCACUGGCUAAUAUCAGUGCUUUGUAUUUUUAUCUUGCUUUUUUCCUGGACAAAUUCAAAGUUGUCUGUGAGGUGGAUGGGAGUAGCUACUCUUAUUGCUCCUCUUGUUAGAGAAGUUACCAAAAGUCCCCGAACUACCUUAUAGUGAAGCUGUGAUGUUCCACUUAAAAUCUUUUAUUGAAUAUUUUUAUGUUCAAGUAACAGGUAUAGGGGAUUUAAAUCUUUGAAAUCACAGAACCAUUUUAUUACUAAAUAUCUAGAAAAAAACUACAUUACACUAGAGUUGAAUGAAAGUUUGGAUCCCUUGCUGGACCUGCAGCCAUCUCUGGACCAGCCCCAUCCCGGUUCUCUUACAUCUCCCUCCAUGGGUACAUGUUAGACCUCGAGGCUCCAGCUUCCCCUUUUACUAAAGAAGCCAAGCACAGCCAGGAAGCCCAUUCACUUCCUGUUUCAGAGAGAACUGAAAAUACAAGUAAGUGCUUUUCUCCACUGCCACAUUCUAACCUUCAUGAGUUGGUAGAAAUCCUAAGGCACAGUUAACCAUAAUUUGUAUUUAUUUAAUGCGAACUGAACUGAACUGAACUGGUCUUCCAGGGACUCCCACUCUAGCUUUAAUCUAGACAUGCUGAAUAAUUCUAAAUAUUUUUCAAAGUACACAGUUCCUUCUGGAGAUAAAUCCUUAACUACAAAAACCUUGCCAAACAGGUGUCAUAAAUGUGAAUAUUUUUUCUAAAUAUUGAUUAAACCUGUUUUUACUUUCUUAGUUGCAGAAUCACUUUUAACUUUUGGCUAAAUUUUAACUAAAAUUUGAACAUUUGGUUAAAAACUCCAGGAGCUUGCAGUGGUAAAAUCUGAGCAUUCAUUUUUGCCAAGUUACUGCUAAUUCCCACGCAUAUUCCUCUCAGUAGAUGUACCGUGGCUGAUAGGUUUAACCAAAACUAAAAUGCUUAUGAGUAGUAUAAGAGAUCUAUACAGUAGACAAAACAGAAUCUUAAUAAUGAAAUCCCUUUUUGCGUUUAUCCUAAUCUAACUUUAUUAUUUAAAAUGACAAAUUUUAUCUUCUUCUCUGCUAUUUUGCUUUUAGUUCUCCUAGUUUUACAUGCUUUUUUAACUUCACAGGCUAAAGUAACUUUUGUUUUCUUGAAAGUGUUUCUCGGCUAGCCCUGUGCUCAUUGACCAUUUCUCUAGGAAGACAUCAUGUUGGUAGUUU